GGAAAUAUUAAAUCUGCUGUCGGAGCAGAUUUAACGAUACGGGGAUGGGUUCGGACGGUUUCUGGUUCGCGGCCCAUCUUUCAUACAGGGCAUGAGCCUCUAAUAAUGCUGCACUAAUCGAUUAAUGACGCCACCUCCUUCUUCCACACCGUCAUAUCCGUGUUGACUGACCGGAGGAUGAGUCGGUAGGAGGCUAACAGCUAAUAGCGGGUUAACGUUACCAAGUGGCGGUACCGGUUGAAAUUCUGAUGUCCAUCGUAUUUCGACGUCGUUCUGCGGAGCCGUUACCGUCACAAAUAGGUCCGGACGUCACAUGGAUGUGGGUCUGUACUCCGCCGGGCUGCCCGGUUAGCGUCGCGGAGAGGAUGCAGCAGUUAGCUGCCGUUAGCUCCGCAGCAGUUUAUUUCUGUGUUAUGUAACGGAGCUGUUAGCCGCUAACGUUAGCCGCUAGCAUGAGCGACGCGCAACAAGAAAUGUCCCCGGACUUUGUCCUGAUGCGGCUCGUAUCCGCGGCCGAGUACGACCGGCUGGACGAGCCCGAAGACCUGGUGUCUGUUAAAGCCGUGCUGGGACACCACAGUGGAGGCAUCAGCGGCGGGUUUGAGCUGGACCCUAGCGGCCCUUCGUCAGGCCUGGGCUCAGCCUCCCCGCACUACAGCUCUCCACUCCGCGGUAGAGGCGAGCUGGACGGCGGGCUGGUGCUGGCGCAGACCUCGCCGGGCUCCGACGCGCCUCUCUCCGCUUCGCCGACAGAGGACUUUGCUGUAGCGGCCCAGCGGUUCGUGGACUUCCCGGUGCCACACGGCUCGGGGGGACACGACUCGAGAGCACAGCUGAUGGUGUUUCAGAACCUGCUGCGGUCUGGAGACCGAAUCUUGGAGUGCGGAUUGGAACAGCCGCCCCCAGGAUACAUCCAGGAGCCCGAGAGACAAAAGCAGCAGUUGGACUCUUUAACAAGUGUUGGUGUUGGUAGCUCAACAUCCGUUCCUGGGCCUGGAGGGGGGAAGGACCAGAACUCACAGUGCAUGCCCUCUGUAGAAGAGAGUCACCAGCCACAGCUUCUUCAGUGGCACCCGGUCGUUAGACUCUCCAAAGGGUCCAAUGGGUCCCAGACUCACCAGCAGAAUGUCCCAGUUCUGGAUUCUGAGUCCAGGUCAGGCUUGUGCCACAGACAUCGCCUGCUCAUAGACCCACUAGCUAAAUGGCCCCCAAGCCUCUUAGACCAAGCUGUACAUCUUGGCUUGCUGGAUCUUAGGAAAAACCACUCAGCUGGAGGUAAUGACCCGGUCUUAGUUCUGGCCCGGAGGCUGGGGCACCUUGGAAAGGAAAGGGACAGAAGUGGAGGCAGAGGGGAGGAAAUCCUCCCCCUUCCUCUGUGCUCUUGUCACAGCACUCUGGCCUCAGGGACGGAGGGCUUGGGGCCUGGCGAGGACCCAAGUGAGACCAGCGAUGCUCUGCUGGUCCUGGAAGGUCUGGGGUCUGAAGAUGUCGGGGUACUGGGGGAGGUGGGUGGAGGAGAUAUUGAGGAUGCUGAAAAGGGAGACAAAGUGGUAGGAGUCAGUGGAGGAGGGUCCUCUGGGGGGACACUGAGCGGUUUAAUGCGGCAGGUCCAUAGACUGGCAGAGGAAGCAGGGGUCUGCACUGAUCAGAGCUGCCGGUCCUCGCUGGCGGUUCUGGGUGCAGCGUUGCCGCUUCACCCCUGUGUUGCCCCCCACACCCCUAUUAGCUACAGCCCCACCCCUUGCCUGUUUCCUCAUCUCUGCGCGCAGGACCCCCAGGCUGCUGCACCCCUCAGUGGUCUCCAGGUCUCCCCCGAUUCCUUUCCAGCAUUCAGCCCCAGUCUCAAUCCUCGUCCACAGCAUCAGCACCAGUCCCGCUCCCAGCCGCAGAGCCGUGCCACCACCCCUAAAGCAGGUCGGUCUGCCUCCCCCCUGGUGGUACUGGAGGGUGACCUGGUAGGAGCAAGGGAGGGAGAAAAGACUCCACAUGGGAAAUCUAGGAAGAGGGGGUCCCUGAAAGUCCGGCUCAGCAAGCUGUUCAGAACCAAAAGCUCCAGUAGUGGCUCAGGGGGGCUUUUGGACAAGAGGCCGUCCCUGGCAUCCUCCACCUCGUCUGGAGGGAGUCUGCUGGAUGUGUGGGGGUCCACCUGCAGCAACACAGAGCAGGACAGCCACAGGCUGCAGGUGUCCAGACCUCACAGUGCCUUCUCUCCGGUGCCCUUCACUCUGCCUUUCACCGGUGAGACGGUGUCUCUGGUUGAUGUGGAUAUUUCUCGGAGGGGUGGGAAUUCUCUUCACCCCCCGACUCCUCCUCCACCACCCAGACGGAGCCUCAGUCUGCUCGAUGACUUUGGUCCAACUCAGCAGCAGGGGCCCUUCAUGGAGCGCAGCAUGGGGGCAUCCAUGCAGUCUCUACCGCCCCGACCGCUGGCCCUUCCCUCGACCCACACCGCCAUGCAGCACAGCCUGAGCCUCAACGGUUUGCAGAGGCUGGUCCCCCUGCCACCGGACAUCCAACCCCCCCCGCCCCGACUCGCUCCCCGCUGCCCCCUAGGUCGACCAAAUGCCGGCAGCUUCGCCACCAGCCUUCGAGAACUGGAGAAGUGCGGUUGGUACUGGGGCCCCAUGAACUGGGAGGACGCUGAGAUGAAGCUGAAGGGGAAACCGGACGGGUCGUUUCUGGUUCGGGACAGUUCAGAUCCUCGAUACAUCCUGAGUCUGAGCUUCAGAUCUCAGGGAGUCACGCACCACACCCGCAUGGAGCACUACAGAGGAACGUUCAGUCUGUGGUGUCAUCCAAAGUUUGAGGAUCGCUGCCACUCGGUGGUGGAGUUCAUAGAAAGAGCCAUCAUGCACUCCAAGAACGGGAAGUUCCUCUACUUCCUGCGCUCCAGAGUCCCAGGUCUGCCCCCGACCCCGGUCCAGCUCCUGUACCCAGUCUCUAGGUUCAGCAGUGUUAAAUCUCUGCAGCAUCUCUGUCGUUUCUGCAUCAGGCAGCUGGUUCGAAUCGACCACAUCCAGGAGCUGCCGCUGCCCACGCCACUAAUCUCCUACCUGAGAAAGUUUUACUACUAUGACCCAGAGGAGGAGAUCAACCCGACACUGGGGGAGUCGGGUCUGGGGCUGAGCAGCCCGCCACGGGUUCAGUCACAAACGUAGCAGCGGAGCCCUGGAGGCCAGCUUCUUUUCAUUUAGUUGUCUGGUGGACUUUGGAUCAUUGAAACAUGUUCAAACAUGAACAGGAGCCACUGACAUCCACUUAGUCAUCCAGGCGGGUUUCAGAUGAUCCACCCUCUUCCAAGCUUUCCGAUUGGCCCACAGGGAGGGACGGGGAUAAAGACACACCUCUCACUGAUGUCAUGAAGAAGCUGGACUUUUUUAAGCGAUGACUAAAAUAAAAAAACUGCAAAUCGGGGUCACCUCCAGGGUCCUGAACCUCCAACACCACAACCGUAAAAUGCACUUUGGGAAGUAUUUAGGACAUUCACAGUAACUCAAGGGUUUUCUCUUCACCGGUCAUCGUCACAACGGUCUGAGUUUCUAAUAUCACUGCAGCAUGUUUGGUACGACAGGUCAGUGCAGUGAAAAUGAUUUGAGUUUUAGUUUUGUUCCUCCGUAAACUACAGGAACAUUGGAUGACAAAAACCAGCAUUGCAGCUGCUUGUGCUUUUAUUUUGAAGAGCCUCAGUUACAUGGAGUCCAGCCAUUUGACUGCCUUGGACUCAGUUGAGGACCAAAUGGAGCCGGUUCAGCCGCGCUUCGGUCCCACGCCUUUGAUCAAAACCUUCAAUAGACCUUGUAGUGAGACUGUUUUCAGAGAAACUCUAACGUUUCCACGGUAACAGGAGUGGCUGCUUGCUGAGUUGCUGGAUUUGACUCCCGCCUUAGUGGUUCUUUCCAGAGUAGGUUCUGGAGGACUUCUUGAUUUUGCUGCUGUUCUGUUUGAUUCAUUGGAUUACACCAAGACCGGGUCAGUUCUGUCAUCGACAUGUCAUAAUGUGAAGUUGUAUUCAAUUGUUGGCAGCUUUUACUCAUGGUUCAGAUCUGUUGUCUUUGGUGCAGGUUGGGUUUCAUGCACCGAACCACGAAGCAGACAAAUUGCAUGUUUGCAUUUUUUUAAAUUACUGUCUUAAAUUUGUGUUUUGCUUGGUCAGAAUAACUGUGCAUCAUGUUUUCCAUGAUGUUUAGUUUGCUGAGAAUCUGUGAUGUAACUGACAUGUGGCACUGUAAACAAAGAAUUGGGAUCCUGGAGGUGUUUGUGGCAGUUUUACCAAAAAAACCAAUGAACUACUGACCCACGUUGCUGGAAGAAGCUGCUGUGUGAACGGACGCACUCUUGUCCCAAACGUGAUUUGUGUGUGUGAAAAGAACUGUGCACAGUGAAGGAGACAAGACGUGGUGUCAGAUGUGGAGUUUAUUGUGUCAUCUGUUGCAAAGACAACAUUUUUGUGCAGUCACCUGUUAAUAAAACAGUGUGGGGAAGGA